AUCACAAUUUGGAGGCCCAAAAAAAAAAAAAAAAUCGUGACCGUUGGCAAUGCCAAUGAUGAGGAGAGAGUCUUAUUUUAAUCACCCAUCACCAAUCGGUGCCAUAUUGGUGUGAUCCAGUACGAAACCAGCACCUCUCUCUCCCCCUCUCACCUCUCUCUAGCCUGAGACAAAGGAAGGGGAAGGCCAGAGGAGGAGGAGGAAGAAGAAGAGACCAGGGAAAAGAAGAAAUGAAGCCCAACCCGAGAAAAGAUGGAGUCUGUGGAGGAGGAGGAGGAGGAGCGAAUGGAGGAGCUUCCCCAAGCCUCCCUUUCGUCUGUUUGGAUAUCAAGGUAUGCAUAGCGACCCUCGUAGGCCUCGCCCUUCUCAUAGCCAUGUGGCAGCUCCAACCCUGCGAAUCCUUCUUCUCCUCUCGCCUCUCCUCUUGCCCUCUCCCCAACUCCACCUCCCCACUCCCAAAAUCCAAGCUUUCCUCCUCCCCCUUACCCUCCCCUGUUUCCAACUCCACCUCCCCACUCCCAAAAUCCGAACUUUCCUCCUCCCUGUCCCCCUCCCCUGUUUCCAAUUCCCACCCUGCAGCCCCAAAAUCAAAAUCUCCCGUUUUCGUUCCUCCUGCCGACCCGAACAAGAGAGUUUUCCGGGCCUACGGCAGCGCCGCGGCGCUGUUCGUCCAGAUGGGCGCCUACCGCGGCGGCCCCACCACCUUCGCUGUCGUCGGCCUCGCCUCCAAACCCACCCAUGUCUUCGGCACCCCCUGGUUCAAAUGCGAGUGGGUCUCCAACAACCCCUCUGCCGCCCCCGUCCGCGCCAAGGCCUACAAGAUGCUCCCCGACUGGGGGUACGGCCGCGUCUACACCGUCGUCGUCGUCAACUGCACCUUCCCCUCCAACCCAAAUGCCGACAACGCCGGCGGCAAGCUUCUCCUCCACGCCUACUACUCCGCCGCCUCUCGCCGCUAUGAAAAGUUCGUGGCUUUGGAGGAAGCUCCGGGCUCUUACAACCAAUCACAGUACCAGCCACCGUUCCAAUAUGAGUAUCUCUACUGCGGCUCCCCCUUGUAUGGUAAUUUGAGUGCUAGCAGGAUGAGAGAAUGGAUGGCCUACCAUGCUCACUUCUUUGGUCCCAAUUCCCAUUUUGUCUUCCACGACGCCGGUGGUGUGGGGCCGGAGGUGAAGGCGGUGCUCGAACCUUGGGUGAAAGCUGGGCGGUUGACGGUGCAGGACAUCCACGUCCAGGCGGAGUAUGAUGGGUACUACUAUAACCAAUUCUUGGUGGUGAAUGAUUGCUUGCAUCGGUAUCGGCACGCUGCCAAUUGGACCUUCUUCUUCGAUGUCGAUGAGUACUUGUACCUGCCGGAGGGGCGGAGGCUGGCAUCGGUGCUCGACAAGCUCUCGCAGUAUACUCAAUUCACCAUUGAGCAGAAUUCCAUGUCUAGUAAGCUGUGUGUGCUGGAUCCUAAUAAGGACUACUCCAAGGAAUGGGGGUUGGAGAAGCUGGUCUUUCGCAAUUCGAUCACUGGAGUGAGGCGAGAUCGUAAAUAUGCCAUUCAGGCAAGGAAUGCAUAUGCAACUGGCGUUCACAUGUCGGAAAAUGUCAUCGGGAAGACCACCCACAACACGGAGGACAUGUUCAGAUACUACCACUACCACAAUUCCAUCAAUGUGUUGGGAGAGCCAUGCCAGGAAUUCAUGCCUAUGCCAGCAAAAGGCAAAGUAACAUGGUUUGAGGGGAUCCCAUAUGUCUAUGAUAAUAAUAUGAAGCGUAUGGCUGAAGUUGUCAAGCAGUUUGAGAAGGAAACAAUUGGAUCUGUCUGAACAUAGCCAUCUCCCAUGCCAUUUGGCUACAUGUUUCAUCAUUCUUUGAGGGUGCCCUAGAGUACUGAAUCUUCUCUUAAGUCUAAGCUUCCUUUUUCCUAGUGUUCUGGUGGAGGAUCCUGCAAAGAAUACUGGGGAAAGGGUGUGAAGAAUGGGGAAGGAAAGGGAAUUCUGGAGGACCCCAGAUUUAUAUGUAAAGAUGCAGUUUUUCUCAUACUCCUUAGGUUUGUGGAGAUUUCAUUUCCCUCCCAUAUGUUCUUUUUAGAGGUUUCAUUCUCUUUUCCUCAUCUUAUAUGUAUUCUUUUCUAAGCUCAGUUAUACUCUCCUGAUACUAUGUUGAAUUAAUAAAUGACAUUAUAUUGACAAUUAAAGGGUGAUUCUUUUGACUAA